AUGAAGGAAUUCUUGCAACUUCAACAAAACAACAUGACGGUGGACCAGUACGAAGCAAAGUUCGCUCAACUGUCGAGGUACGCCCUUAAAUUUAUUGAAGAUCCAGUGGAAAGGGCAAAAAGAUUCCGAGACGGUUUGAACCCAGAUAUCCGGAGACAGUUGGUGCCGCUGAACCUCAAGAAUUACAACGAGCUAUAUGAACGAGCCCAGCUGGUGGAGAAAGAGUCCUUAGAACGAGCUGCCACGGCGACUAACCAAGGAAAGCCCUAUCAUCCGACUUCUCAAUCCAACCAGCAUCAUGACAAGAGACCGAUGUCGGGAGAAAACCGUUUCUCCACUCCUAACAAGAAGAUCAAAAAUCAGAAGCCAAUUUCCACUGCAGGCGAUGCUUGCCAUACUUGCGGAAGGUUCCAUGGCAAUGCUCCGUGUCCAAAACAAACGGGAGCAUGUUUCGGCUGUGGUCAACAAGGCCACAGCAUAAAGGACUGCCCGCAACGACAGCAAGUGAAGAAUUCACAACAACCACAGGCGAUGCAACAAAAAGAAGUUCCACCGCAUGAUAAUCGUCCUCCAGCUCAAGGAAGGAUUUAUGCAAUUACUCAAGAGGAAGCGGAAAACUCCAAGAAUGUUAUUACGGAGACUUGA